GCAUGCUGCUACCCUACAGAACGGGUGACCUUGUGAGCUGAGAGACAGCAUGUUUCCAUUUGGAGCAGUCAUCUACUCGUCUUGCUCGGGACGAUGCGCAAGUACAUGAGCAAGCGACAACGGCCGUGCGACCCCUGCCGGUCUCGGAAAACAGCGUGUCGCAUCGACCACGCACCUCCCUGUCGUGCCUGCGCACUCAGUCGCACAGAGUGCACGUUUCUGCAGGACGCUCCGCCAAGAAAGAGGCCAACAAAGGGUCAGGACUCGGCAGGGUCCGACUUGUCAACGGCAGGCGAAGCGCAGUGUCCAGAGGGAAUGGGUCUCGGCAUGGACGUAUUCUCAAAUCGGCUGCAUGAGCAGGAUGAGACGGUCCAGCAGAUGCUCUACCAUGACUCGGAUGGAUUGAUGUCUGGGUUGCAUAUGGAUCUGGAUGUGUCUGGAUAUUCAUUCCUUCCCGCGAUGAGUCCCUUUGGGUCUCAUCAGGAAGCUCAUGUCACGACCGCUCAUCAUGCGCCCUUCACCACCGGCGGCUCUCCGCUAAUACAGACGAUUGACCAAAUGGAAGAUGGGUGCCCCCAGGUCAUCGGAUUGAGUAGCGACAUGGACCCUUUCCUGCUGCAUCGCUAUCGCGCUGACGAUUCGGGCUUUUUCCACUUCAAGCAACUCAGCAUACAGUCGGUCCAAUCCCAUCCGUACCCAGUACAGUUCCUCACGUCCAAACGGUCACUUGUCGCCAAGACACGGGAGGAUGCUGGUGAUACAGAUAUACCCGAUGCGCAACUGCGAGCCGAACUCGAAGGAGUGGUAUCUGCGCCAACGGGAAGACGACUCCUGUCGCUCUUCCGCACGUAUGUCGAGCCCCAGUAUCCUAUUUUCUCGACGGAAGCACUCCCGGAUCCUGCAUCGUCACCUGUUCACUUACUAGCGGCAGCAUAUGCGGCUGCCUUCCCUUUCAGCAUGUACGAUGAUCAACUCUGUAUCGAUCUCGCGUACGACACCCCUCCCUAUGCCGAUCUCUCACGGCUGAUUAACCUAUCACUGCAACCGGACUUGCACUCACCCACCAUCAGUGUGGCACAAACAUUGGUCCUCCUCGUCAUACGACCCUUGGCAAACCCUCUUGUGGCCGAAGCUCCAUACAAGGGGUCCUUGAUGGGAUCGCUUGCAGCAGUGGCAGUCACUCUUGGCCUUCAUCUUGAUGCCAGCUCAUGGAACAUCCCGUCAUGGCAGGUUGCGCUCCGAAGAAGACUCUCCUUUGUCAUCUAUUGCCUUGACAAGUGGAUGGCAGCGAGCCUCGGACGCCCUCGACAGUUGCGAGAUGAUGACUGGGUCGUGACGUCUUUGGAAAGUAGCGAUCGGGAGGGAACGCAACGCACGGAUCUGGAAUGGGACUGUCUCGUUCAUUCUUCCCACGUCGCGAGGGUUCUAGACUCGGCACUUUCAAGUCUCUUCUCCCUCCGUGCAUCCCAAGAGAUCGCAAAUGAUCCUCGAUAUGCUUUGUCCAUCAUCGAACCCCUCCUAGAGUCACUGUCCCCUGUUCCCAGCAACCUUUCGGAAAACGACAGCCCGCUGGCAACAGUGCAAAGCCUGGGCCAUCAUUACGUCAGACUUCUUACUAUACGAGCUGCUUCUCGGCCAGCCGUCCAGACCAGCGCUACACAGCGUGACAACUCGAUGGCGAGCAGCGAGAUGGACCCGAACGUGGCAGAAUUACUGCGUGAGGCCGCAUACGACUUUGUCCAAUUCAUCAAAAGCAUCAAGACAGAUGCCAUGCAGGUCUUCUGGCCUCCAUGGUGCCCUGCGGUCUUCUCGACAUUGUGCUUCACCCUUCUUUCCGCAGUAGUCACGUCUAGCGACGAGACCGAGGCCACGAGUUGGCUAGCAUUGCUGCAGACAACUCGUCGAGAGCUGCGAAUCAAAGCCACGACACUUCCGGUACUCCGUUUAGGGCUAUUACGAAUCGAUGCGGUCUUUUGGCGUGGUUUGGACAAUGUGCUACGCUUGAAGCCACAUGUCCACGCAGCUGUACAGGCAACACUCUCGACAUGAACGAGGUUUUUUUUUUUUUUUUUUUUUUUUUUUUUUGUCUUUCUUU